UUACCGGGAGCUGGUGAAAGCCAGGUCCCUUUAGGAGAGAGGCUGAGGAGCUGGGGGAGCCUGCAGGGUGUCCCUCAUGCAGAGGAGUGUCGUGCUGUGAGCCUGCAGGUGGUACAAGAGAGUCAUCCGGGUACAUUGCUUCUCCUGUGUCUGUCCAGUGUUCCCAUGGUUUUGAGAGACUCUGGCCUCAUUGUCCGCUCCUCCCUCCGUUGUCACAGAGUAACUGACCACCAGGGAACAAUGGUGAGGCGCCUGGUCCCCCGUCUGCCUGCCCUCCCUGUCUGCCUCGCCGUGGUCCAGCUGCUCAGCCCCUGCUCAGCUCAGUUUGCUGUGGUUGGACCCCCCGAGCCCAUCCUGGCCAUGGUGGGUGAAGACGCUGAGCUGCCCUGUCACCUGUCCCCGAAGAUGAGCGCUGAGAACAUGGAGCUGAUGUGGGAGCGACCCAGCCGCAGGCAGGUAGUGCACACGUACGCACACGGGCAGGAGGACACGCCGGCAGCAGAGUUUCGAGGGAGAACUUCGAUUUUAAGAGAGGACCUCACUGUGGGGAAGGCUGCUCUCCGGAUUAGGGACAUCAGAGCCUCUGACAGAGGAACCUACCUGUGUUAUUUCCAAGAUGGAGACUUCUUUGAAAAUGAUCAGGUGGAGCUGAAGGUUACAGCGCUGGGCUCUGACCCCCACAUUGAAAUGAAGGGCUACGAGGCUGGAGGGAUCCGUCUGGAGUGCACGUCUGCCGGCUGGUACCCGCAGCCCCAGAUCCAGUGGAGAGACGCCAGGGGACACAGCUUGUCUGCUGAGGGGGACACAGAGGCUACAGACCCCCAGGGCCUUUAUGCAGCCUCAGCCUCUGUGACCCUGGAAGGUGGCUCUGGGGAGGGGGUGUCCUGUGUCAUCAGAAACCCCCUGCUGGGCCAGGAGAGGUCAGCCAAGGUUUCCAUCCCAGGCCCCUUCUUCCGGAACACGCAGCCCUGGGUGGUGGCCCUGGGCGUGACCCUGCCGGCUCUGCUGGGGCUUCUGAUGGGGAUGUGCUACUUCCUGAGGCGACAGCAGAAGAAGAUCCAGGCCCUGUCCCAGGAGAAGGAGAGGGAGAGAACAGAGAAAGUAGCAGCGCGGGCUGAGAAUCAGUGGGAGCGAAGCGCCAAAGAGAAGCUGCAGGAGGAACUCAGGUGGACAAAGAUACCCUACCUACCACGUGAGGAGCGGUCUCAGGCCUAUGCAGGGUUGAAGAAGGCCCUCUUCCAGCCUGCGGAUGUGUUUCUGGAUCCAGACACAGCGCACCCCACCCUCCUGGUUUCUGAGGACAAGAGGAGCCUACAGCGGGCAGAGUCAUGGGAGGACCUGCCAGACAACCCCAAGAGAUUUCGCAGGAAUGGGUGUGUUUUGGGCUGUGAGAGCUUCACGUCAGGGAGACACUUCUGGGAGGUGGAGGUGGGGGACAGGGCACAGUGGUGUGUUGGGGUGUGCAGGGAGAGUGUGAGGAGGAAAGGUGGCGAUAAAAUGGCCCCCGAGAAUGGAUUCUGGACAGUGGGGCUGAAUCCUGGGAGUGACUACAAGGCUCUCACAGACCCACAGACCACACUGACCAACGUGAGCCCCCCCGAGAGGGUGGGGGUUUUCCUGGACUAUGAGCUGGGCAAGGUUUCGUUCUACAAUGCCCUCGACGGGUCUCACAUCUUUACCUUCCCACACACCCGCUUCUCUGGGCCUCUGAGGCCUGUUUUCUGGAUUUGGACAACUGAGCCCACUCCCUUGACCAUUUGCCCAGCACAAAAAGGAGUGAGGAGGUCCCUUGUGCCUGACCCAGGGUCUGACCCCUCCCUGGAGACCCCAGUGUCCCCGGGCUCAGCUGGAGGGAAUGGGGACCCUCAGGCUGAAGAAACGUCUCUGCUUCUCGCUGCCCAGCCUGGACCUGAGGGCCUCCUGGACAGCAAAACCUCUCAGCAAGAAAACACUAAACGCACUGAGUGAUGGACUUCACUAACAUUCAUUCAAGGUUUUCACACGAGAGACAAGGAAACCAGGGUGCAGACAGUGAGUUAACUUUCCAAAGGUGAAUCAGUGGCUUCGAACCACCAGAGCUGACAUCUAUAGGUGACUCCACAGGUACUAGUGCUGUGCUACCUGCUUCAGAUGAAUCUUACUCACUCAUCCCCAGAAACCCUGUGAGGCAGCCUCAUUAGGAAAGUGCGGAAACUGAGGCAGCGGCAGUUCACUGAGGUACAUAAUUCACUCAGAUUUUAGUGCUGAAUGAUGUCCAUCCCCUGCCCCUCCCUCUGGUCUGUCCCUUUGCAGCUGAGUGUCCUGUUGGGCAGGGUCAUGGGCAGCUCUGAGGGUCCCUCCCAGGGCACCAAGGGUAAAGGUCACUGCAGGUGACUGUGAAGGCCACACCCACUUGGAUCCUUCAAGGUUGACUGUCAGAGCCAUGGCCCACCCCUUCACUGACGGGCUCUGCAGGACACUGUGGUCCAGGGGAUGAACUCACAGUGACCCCAUCACACAGGCUGAGAAGGGACCAGCGGCCACUUUCUGAACCAGCCUGUGACCCGUGGGCACACAGAGCAGACCCACCCCCCCACCUCCCACCUGGAGGUCCUCUGUGAGCAGGACGGUGGGGGGAGGGGGACAGACGGACGUCAGUGGAAGUUCCAUCACAUGGUGGGACCCACGUCCAGGACAGGGACGCCCACCGCUGACCACCCACUGAGGUUCCCGAGGUUCCUGUCACCUGUGGGUCCUCGGGAAAGGCCGCUCUUCCUCAUCAUCAUCAUCACUGUGACUGUUCACCAUGUGUCCCCUCCCCCGGCAUGUGGGUGUCAGGUCACAUGUGUUAAAUAAAUGUGUCAAUAAUUGUCGCCCUUUGAUAGAGCUCUUUCUAGAUCUAACCCCGUGGAUGACUCACCAGGUUCACAGUUUAGUUCCCUGGCACAUUUUUCCCAAUGUUUAUUGGAUUAACUUUCUAUUUUGCUAUAAUAGUAUGAAUUUCAUGACCUAAUAUAAUACAAAUCUGUUAUCUCACAA